GUUGCCAACGAAUGGACAGAAAACAUGGAGGACCAGCGGGAUUUUCAAACUUCCAAGCGAAACCAAAGGCCGUUCAUUUCGGCCGGAUCCGCCGUGGCGAUGGAAAUUAAAAGAAAGAAAAUAAGAGAGAGUGUCUUAUUCAUGCAAACAGAGAACACCAACCUACAAGAGAAGCUGGACUUUGAGGUGCGAAUGCGUGAAGGUGCCUACAAGCUGCUUCUGGCCUGCAGCAAGAGAGAACAAGUCCUGAACGCCUCCAAGAACCUGCUGACCUGCAAUGCCAGGAUCAAGGCCUAUGUCGCCCAGCUGCAGAGGAAGAAACACGAGCAGGAGCUGUUGAGCACAGAGGGGAGAUUUACAGAGGAGAGAGUGCCCUGCCGUGGAACUAUCGCACUGUCUGGUCUGCGCUUUCCUCUGAUGUGGAAGGAUUUGGAUCACUUCAACAACAGAGGCAGCUCUCGUCGGGUGGCAGUCUUCGGUCUGAUGCAGAUUGGCUCCGAAGUGUUUGACACAGAGAUGGUGGUUGUGGACCGAACCGUCACUGACAUCUGCUUUGAAGGAGUUACCAUCUUCAAGGAUAUAGUUCCCAAGUUUGAGCUGAAGGUGGAGCUGUGGAGUUGUGCGCUGGAAGAAGAGCUGACGUUAGUGAACACGCCCAAAAAACUGGCCAAGAAGCUCCGAAACUCUCUAGGAAAAUCAGCAGGGAGGAAACUCUGCCCUCUUCUGGACGCUCCAGACCCUGACGCCUUCCUGCAGCACAACCCCAUACCAAACGGGGCCAAGUACAGCCUGUUGGCCUACACCACCUUGGGCCUGCCUGAAGCAGAAGGCAGCUUCCAGUCUCACUCCCUCGUCGUCCUGCAGGAUGCAAGCUGGUCAUCCUGGCUUCCUCUUUAUGGGAACCUCUGCUGCCGGUUAGUGGCCCAACCGUCCUGCAUGACGCAAACUCUGAAGUCCGGCUACCUGAACCAGCAGGAAACCAUUGGGGGACUGAAGCGCUGCUGCAGCCUGUACGCCGUGCUGAGCGGCGGGUUUCUGUCCUGUUACUUCACACCUGAAGAAAUCGACGCCAAAGUGGCGCCGUCGCUGAGCAUCCCCAUCAACAAGGACACUCGGCUCCGUGUGAUGGAGAAAGAGUCAGGGGCCCGCAAAUCCAGGAGCCUGUCGAUCAUCAACCCAUCAGUGGAGGGAACUGAGACGAUGGUCUUCACAGCAGACUCCUGGGAGGAGCUGGAGGACUGGCUGGACGCGCUGCACCAGCACCUCUUCGACCAGAGCCAGUGGCUGCACUGUUGCCACCAGCUAAUGAAGAUCGAGGUCGCGUCGCCACGGAAACCAUCGCUCUUCCUCACCAAGCAAGCCGACUCUGUUUACAACGACCUGAGUAUAAACUCACCAGGCAAGUUUGAGAGCAUCACCGACAUCAUCCACGACAAGAUCGAGCAGACGGACGGCCGCUACCUGAUCGGCCGCGAUGAGACCCAGCAGAAGGCUGACUGGUCGGCUCUGUUUGACGGCUGUCAGUCCAUGGUGGUCCACAAGAGCAUCCUGUCCCCCGGUAAGACCUCCACUCCCUGCCCAAGCCCGGGCCACAACGGCAGCUCCACCCCCAGCAGUGGCAAAAAACGCCGGGCCCCCCCGCCUCCCUCUGACAGGCAGCCUUACACCCCGCCCACUCGCCCUGCCAGACCCCCCCUCCCCACAUCCCUGCAGCCGCCUCUGUCGACCCAAGAGAAGGAGAACGGCACACGUCCUGCUGCGAGGUCCAAAACGGGUCGGCCCUCUCUGGAUGCCAAAUUCUCCGCCAUCAUCCAGCAGCUGCAGAGGAACCAGGUGGGGGGUGCCGGGGCCGUCGGGAGGAAGAACGCUCCGCUCGGGGUUCUGGAGGUCCAGCCUCAGAAUCAGCCCCUGCUUGACCCCCCUGAAUCAGAUCACGGCUUUGUGCGGGCCGGGUAUGGUCCAGCACCGAAGAGCAAAAUGAGGAAGUCUUUCAGGGAGAGGAUGAACCUGAAAGCUCUGUGACCCGGGACCAAACAGGAGCUGCUUAAUGAAGACUAAUAUUUCAGGAGUAUUUUUGCAUCACAGAAUACUGCAUUUUUAAUCUUUGAAAAGCCAGGACAGAAAGAUGGCGGCCUGAGGGAACAACCAGAGCCGGGUUUGGAUGAGGUCGGUGGGAGGAAACAUUUAACAUUUAAUCUGUCAACUGUGAAGCAUCUGAACCACUACACUGCUUGGACCAACGACGGUGACCGGUCACUGCCACAACUGGAAGUUUGGUGCCCACUUCUUAUGUGAUACUAACAGUAAAACUAUCUGGGUCUUUUGUUCUCGAGGGAGUCGAGUCUCAGCCUGCAGGACGACUGCACUUGUAGCUGCAGCUACAAACACAUUUCCAGAAGUUGUCACAUGAUCAACAUUUCCUUAAGAUUUCAUUGAAAUUCAUUCGUCUGUUUUGAAGUUAUUUUACUGACAGACAGAUGAAGGUCAACAUCGUCACACAAGCUUCUUAGUUGGGUACUAAAUGUAUUCUGAUUGGUCGCCAGAGUAUUACUGCGCUCUGGCUGGGAAACAUCUUGGGUUCCAUACGAAGUCAUUACGACUCAUCAGGUUAAACUCACUCUAACACACGUCUCCGUCACUCAAGAACAAAAUGUCAGGUUGUUUGAAUAUUAUAUUCUUUUUUUUUAAUCUCGGAACCUUUUAACCACUUUUUACUUGCACAUGUCUAAAUUCCAGGGAAUUCUAUAUACAUAACAAUAAGACUGUGGAUACUGGAAGAACAUGUCUGUCACUGUAUUGUGGUAAGUCUUAAAAAUGAUUUCAUGAAGAACACUAUCUCUUAAUGUGACUGAAACCUGUAAUGCAACAGUAUCUCACUGAUUUGUUUCAUUAUUUUGUUAGUGAAUUUAUUUGAAUU